AAUUCUCCUUCUACCUAGUUAAAUUAAAAACUUGUAUUUAAAAGCCUUUCCUUUAUAUCCUUUCUCCAUCUUCCUUACAAAAGACUGAUCGGUAUCCAAGGGGGAAUAAAUGUAAUGUAGUACAUAAAUAGCUAAGCUUAAUAGUGACAUCUCAACUUAUAAUGUGUGUUUAUGUGGACAACACAAGACCGUUUGUACUCAAAACUCUCUGUUACUGUUACUCUGGCCUUACACUCUACAUGUGACACACUGACGCAUUAUCAAUAACACACAUGUAUUUGUAACGUAUAUGUGCAAUUGUUUGUAUAUAUAUUAAUGAGUUUUGUUUUUGCAAGGCUUCUAUCAAAACAUGAAAGGCACUAUGUUUUGUGCAUCGCAAGCGUCAACAGCUACGGCUAACCACAACGAACGGAGCAUCAUGGCACGAGCCAUCGACCGUCAUAAUCCCAUUAUCAAAGAUGGCAGGAGAUCUUUCACGGCACCGUGCUCUUCCGGCGACGACUACAUUGCACCGUACCGUCAACUUUCAAAAAUUACGAGAAUACCCUCGUCCCCCUCUCCUUCAGGGGACGGGAAGAUGAUUCAGGUGGAUAAGGGAAGGAAGAGUACUUCAGGGUCGUUGUUGAAGCUAGUUAGCAGUGAUAAUAUUAGCUUAGCGAGGAAGAGUAUUGGCUGUUUUGACGUUACCAAGAGUACCCCACCUGGUUCUACUAGGUAUCUUCUUGGAACCGAUCCUGCUUCUUUAUCCGGUUCUACGGGUAAGGAUAUGGUUGUGUCGGAGGAAGGUGAACCUUCUGAGGCAAGAAGAGGCUCCGGUGCUGCCGUGGAAGAGAAGAAGACGGCUUCUUCUGGUUCAGACCAGCAGGUGGUUGUUCUGAGAGUGUCUCUACACUGUCAGUGCAGAGGGUGUGUAGGCAAAGUGAAGAAACAUCUAUCUAGAAUGCAAGGUGUAACAUCAUUCAACAUAGAUUUUGCUUCAAAGAAGGUGACUGUUACUGGAGACAUCACCCCCUUACAAGUAUUGGGUUGCCUCUCAAAGGUCAAAAAUGCUCAGUUCUGGACACCACCUCCUCCAUCGUCACUCUCAAGUGCCAAUCCAGAGAACUAAAAAAGAACACACACUCUUGAGUAUUUGUAGGCCUAAGUAUUUGUAUUCUCUCUCCCUGGUUUGUAUUGAAUCAUAUCAAUGGAAAAAGUUGAGACUUACCCAACUCCAUUUUCAAUGGCCAUUGAUAAAGACCUAGAACUUUUAUUUAGAUGAUGAUUAAUGCUUUUCAGGAACUCAUGCUUGUUUAUUCACUACCUCAUAUGAUGAAACUGGCAUUACAUA